ACCUGGAGUAGAGGAGCCCGCGGUUUUAACAAAAAAAUGAAAAAAAAGAGUCCGCGGCGCGGAACCUGAAAUCGCGGUUGUAGACGUGAAAGUGUUGCUAUUGCUACUGUAGUCAUCACCGUUACGAAAUUGCAAGUUCCUCCUCCUGUGAAAUCUGAAAUUGAUAUUUGACAGCAACAAAAAACAAUCAGAAAAUUGAAAAAUUCGGUCCCAGCUAGUUUCAAAGUUCAAACAAGCAUAACCAGAAAAACUUCAAAUAUGGAAGAUGAGUGCAUUCAAAUCCGAAGAUACGAAGAACUUCCCAUGGCUAACGACUUCGAGUCCCUUAUUGAACCUAAAAACGUUCCCGCUGUUCUGUGCGGUUGCACCAAGACUUGGAAAGCUUUCUCUCUUUGGAACCCACGUAACGGUGGCCUCGACUACUUACAAGCACGGGUAGGAUCUUCUGUGGUGGAGGCUAUGGUAUCUUCUUCUGCGCCUGUCUUUUAUGGUGAUCUUGGAAGUCAUCAGAGGGUUCCUUUACCAUUUUCUACCUUCAUUGAUUUGUGUAAGAAACGGAUGCAUUUGCAAACUCAGCACCAACAAAAUCUGGAUGAAGAUCAUUCUGUUGUGUCACAAACGAAUCACGAACAUGAUUAUUUAUCCUUGGAAGAUGUUCCUGAACAAAUUUAUUUAGCGCAGGUUCCGAUCAUGAACAGUGAUCGUCAAGAGAGGGCUCAAUUAGGAAUCCUAAGGGAAGACAUUCAGAUGCCUCCAAUUUUGGGAGCAAAAGAACUAUCUUGUAUAAAUUUGUGGAUGAACAAUGCACAAGCUAGAUCAAGUACUCACUAUGAUCCGCACCACAAUCUUUUGUGCAUUGUUUCUGGCCGCAAACAAGUUGUUUUGUGGCCUCCUUCUGCUAGUCCCUCACUCUACCCAAUGCCUAUCUAUGGGGAGGCUUCCAAUCACAGUUCCGUUGCUUUAGAAAACCCCGAUUACUCAUUUUAUCCAAGGGCAGAAUGUUCAAUGGAGUUUGGACAAAAAGUUGAGCUUGAGGCAGGCGAUGCACUUUUCAUUCCUGAAGGUUGGUUCCACCAGGUAGAUAGUGAUGAUUUGACUAUUGCUAUUAACUUUUGGUGGAGAUCCAACAUAAUGUCUAGCAUGUUGGAACAUAUGGAUGGUUAUUAUUUACGCAGAAUAUUGAGAAGAUUGAUUGACAAAGAGAUGGACCAGCAAUUGCUCAAGUUGGGGAUGGGAAAAACUAGGACGUGUGCGGACAAGCUCCCCAAUAAUGAACAAACAAAUGAAAUUUACAGUCACAUGUUGAAAGGAAUGGAUUUUAAGGAUAAAAGACAUAAAGAGGGGAACACAUUGCUAGAAUUAGAACCAGCUGCAGUCCAGGUGCUUCAUAAACUUGUGUCUUUAGUUCACAACAGUGUUAGCGCCGGCCAGGAUCAGCAAUCCCUGUCAAUUUCUAUAAAUGAUAAUGAGCCUGUAAGCAAUGAUAAAUGUGAGAAUAUAGUGAUUGCUGACUUGAAAGAUGACCCAGUUGCUAAAAGUCUCUGGGACGUUGAACCGCAAACUCUCCAAUAUGUCUUUCUUGCUAUGGCAAACAACUUCCCAAGAACUUUAGAGGCUCUUGUUCUGCAUGUACUUUCACCAGUUGGAGCUGAAGUUCUUACUCGGAAAUUUGAUGAGAUGGAUGAACAAGCUCUUGAGGGAGAUCGGAAUAAAUUCUAUGAGGUUUUCUACAGUGCAUUUGAUGACCAGUCUGCAGCAAUGAAUUCUAUUCUAAAGGGGAAGGAGCUAUUCACUCAACAGGCAUUUAAGAAUGUAUUGGACAAAUUUGUGGGAGUGAAUCUAGAAAGCUGAAAGCCAGGGGUCAGAUGAGAUGCUAAGUGAACUUUAUAGAUAAAUUGGCCCAGCAAGGUACCUCUGAAGAGUAAAUUGAUGCAUAUUUGAAACCGAAGAUUUUCUUCGUCGGAUCUGUACUUUUAUUUGUAAGUUUAGAGUUCAAUAGAUAUUUAUAUCACUCAUUUGAACAGUGUUUAGUGUUGUAUAGGUAGCAUUCGUUGUAUGUGCCCUAUGUGAUUAAUACACUGAACUAACUAAUCAAAGAAAUUCUAUUAUAUUGAUUCUUUGACUCCA